AAGACCUACUUUCAACCUAAUUGGACAAUAAUCUAUCCAAUCACAUUCCACGUUGAACAGCGGUCGCUGAAUUUUGAAAACCAGAAUGGCUACUGAGGCUGUUCAAGCGUUGCUUGAAAGAUGCGACCAUGUACAUUUGGAUUUGUACGAUGGGACAAAGCAUCAUGAGGGUGGGGAAGCGGAGUUGAUGGUGCCCUACCUAUCUGAGAGUCGUAGUAAACAGAAGAUUUUGGGCAGACAGUUGUUUGUGCUUGAUGACAUGAUGCAGCUUCUGGAGAGACUGGAGACAACUGACCAGCUGUUUAAUGAACCAUGCCCCCCAAACCCUGGCAAUGAGGCUCACAGCUGCUGGAAGGUCCUGAAGAGUGAAUAUAAAGAGGGCAUCCAGGAGGUGGAGGCACUCAUUAGCACCUUACGGGACAUGAUGGACAAACUGCACCACAAACGGGACCGACUGACAAACCUGGUCACAGCACUAGAAAAUAAGAAAGAUCUCAGCCUGCAGAUGGGGGAGUCUCUCCAGACAGCCUACAAUGCCUUGCGUGUGUGUGAGGGGCAGCUGGCCCAGCUGAGGGCGGAGACCGACGCCACACUGGACCGCUCGGCUGACUGGCAGCACCUGAGAGAUGCCCUGCAGGGCUAUGUGGAGGAGACACAGGGGGUGAUGCAGUGUAGGCUGCUGUCAGUGGGGUCCUCAGAGCUGUGUGUGGAACUGAGGCCCCACUCCUGUGGAUCCACUUCUGGCCAGCUGGAGCCCCUCAGACUGACUGUCACUUGGAGCCCUGAUGACCACUUCCACCUCCAGGUGUAUCAGGGUACUGCAGGGCUGUUAGAAGUGUCCAUGAAAGGUUGCCUUUCUCAUCUCAGUGCUGCAGUGCUGGAGGUCAUGCAGUGCUACACCAGCCAGGGAGAGAUGCUGGCUGAGAUUCAGGCCUUGCAUUCCAGGUUUGCUAUAGACUGGCGUCCAGGCCAGAGACUGCUCGUGUUCCUGAAGACUGCCUCUAGUGUGUGUAGCCUGAGGGUGGAGGAGGGCUACCCCUCCAGAGGCACAGCUACACUCAUCUCUGUACGCAGGGACGGAGAACUGGUCGACAAUGCUGUCCUACAGCCUCCCCAGAAGACCCUCUCUCUGACAGAGUGGCUGGAGUUCCUCUCCUCCAGUCCGAACGUCUGACCAUCCUCUCUCUAGUCUACACAGAGGAAGUGGCUGUUUCUCUCCAUGAUCACUAAAUGGCGCUCUUGCCUCUAAUAUGUAAAUAUUAGGAAUGUAACAAUUUACUGAUGCAUCGGUCCUGGUUCAAAUGUUUUAAGAUACUAGUGCAUGGGUCUGCAGGAGCCCAAACCAAUCCAAAUUAAGUGUGCGUCGGUCAGAACUGAUUCAAAUGUUACAAUUGUCAGUUCACUGAUGUUUUUCACUCAUUGUUUUAUUCCAAAAAUACCUCUUAUGUGUUAUGACUGAGUUAAUGCGUCCUCCUUUAGUUCAGUAGGCUAUUGAACUUUUAUGUAUUUAACUGCGUAUGACUGUCAGAUAAUUGUGAGCACAGUGCAGGUAGAGUCAGCUGCAUGCGCCAACUAGAGGUAGGGAUAGGCCUGUUCUAAUAGGCUGUUCGUACAUCAGCGCGGCACCUUCAGCAUUCAGAUGCUUUGAAAAUGUCUUUCACAAUAUCAUAAUAGGGUUUAUUAGUUGAGUGACAACCAAUGUAAUUUGCUGGGACAUUGUUACCAAAUGCUAUGUAUAAUAGUUUUUUUUUACUGGAGUUGUGUAGUCUACCGGAUUGGACACACCUCGCAUCGAACUGCUGAUUGGUGUUGUCAAUCAUUCCGAUUUUUAUAUUGUUCAGGUCACCAUAAUAAAUAGUUUGUUUAGUUUUUUUUUUUUUUAACAGUCAGUGUAUUUGGUCAUUUCUACAUGAAUGGGGUAAUUUCAUAAAGGACCUCAAUCAUUUUUGAGAGCUGCGCAUGGUCACAUAUAUUGGUCAGAGCAAGAUAAGCUCCAUAAAAUUCCAAACGGUCUAAACCAUUAUCUUUUGAAACUGUUAAAAUCCAAUGCUAAUUUGUGAAGAUAAAUAUUGACAUAGUACAAGCUCAACACGUUUUAUCUGCAAAAAUUACAAGUUAAUGAGUGGGUGAUGGUAAUUGCAGAUUUGUUUUUAAAAACUGGGGGGACAAAAAGCAUAAAUUGCCCUAAUCUGAUGGUAGUGGGGUGGUAGAUGCUCAGUCUGCCCUAUGGCUCAGCUCAUGUGCCUAUAUCAUUGAUAUUGACACACAGAGGAGCUCUCAGCUUAUAAAAGUAUUCUCAGACAGAUCCAGCUCAGCUAGGCCCAGCUCCUGAGCUCUAAUCAUUAGCAGAUAUUAUUUAAAAAUUGAAAAUGAAUGUGUUCAUACAACAACAAAAAAUACUAAAUAGAAACGAAUCGCAUCAAUUCAUUCCCCUAAUCAAACCGAAUCAUUUAAGACUUAAACAUAUCGUUCCUGUAUCAUAUCAUAGCCCAUGUAGCUAUCUAGAUGCGUAUCGAAUCAUUCAUGGAGAGCUGCACAUCCCUAGUAAAUAUCUCAUGACUCUAUCUAAUGUUGCUCUGUUUUGUCUUCUAGCUGUAUCUGUUGUCUUGUCUAUGUAUUGUUGUAACAAUAUUAUGACUCAUGUAAAUAAAUAACAUACCAUUUUGGUGAAAAUGUUUUUGGUUUUCUUCAUAUUUAGACUUAAAGAAAAGGUGAAAAAUAAAUAAAUCACAUUGUGACGAA